AUAAUUAAAACAAAACAAAACAAAAACAAUUUUUUUUUUGUUUUUGCUGUUUAUUUGUUUAAUUAAAAUAAUUAAAUUCCGCUAAAAAAAUAAAAAUAAAUUGUACUUUAAUUACAAAAAUAAAAAUAAUCAAAAAAAAAUGAAACUAUUUUUUCAACAGCUAAGUCUAGGAUUACUUUUAUUACUAUUAUUAUUAUUAUUACAAUCAAUUGAUGCCCGAAGUAAAGCUGUAAAUGAUUUAUGGCUAAUCACCUCAACUACCGAUCCCGUAAUACAGGCCAACGCAACCAAACAGCUAAUCGGACGGCUGUUACCCGAAUCGGUGGCCGACAAGUUUCAAGUGGUCAUCGAUAAGAAACUGUUACUAUUGGCCGACGAAAACGAUUAUAAGGAUAAGUUUAUUUUGGAAAGUACUCAACCAACUAAUCUAACGACUAUUAUCAAAAUAACGGCUACCAGUGGUGUCUCAGCUGCCAAUGGUUUCCACUAUUAUCUAAAACAUUAUCUCAAUUGUCAUAUCUCGUGGUCCGGGGAUCAGUUGGAUGUCGGCUCCGGACCGUUGCCUAUCAUUAGCAAACCGGUUACUAUUAUCAUACAAGACAAGUUAAGGUAUUACCAGAAUGUCUGUACGGUUAGCUAUUCAAUGGUCUGGUGGGACUUCAAUCGAUGGCAAAGAGAGAUCGAUUGGAUGGCUAUGAAUGGCAUUAACUUUCCGCUGGCAUUCAAUGGACAGGAGUUAAUCUGGAGAAAGGUUUUUCAAAAGUUUGGACUAACUGUUGCCGAAAUUGAUGAAUAUUUUACUGGUCCAGCAUUUUUAGCAUGGAACCGUAUGGGCAAUGUCGAGGGCUGGUCGGGACCGUUGACCGACAAUUGGCACAAACAGCAGGCUAUACUACAGGCCCGGAUACUUGAACGUAUGCGAUCGUUUGGUAUGUUGCCAGUGUUGCCAGCUUUUGCCGGUCAUGUACCCCGGAAUCUGACACGUGUUAUGCCCGAUGCCCGGGUUAGCCGAUUGUCUAAGUGGGGCAAAUUUAAUGAUACCUAUACCGGCACCUAUUUUCUGGAGCCCCAGGAUCCGCAUUUUGUUGAAAUUGGAUCAGCAUUUAUCAGUGAAUAUUCAUCAAUGUAUGGCACCGAUCAUUUUUAUAAUACCGAUCUAUUUAAUGAGGUAACACCUAAAACAAAAGACACCAAAUAUUUGGCCGAUUGUGGUAACGCUGUCUAUCAGAGUCUAGCAAAAGCUGAUAACCAAUCUGUUUGGGUAAUGCAGGGCUGGCUGUUUGUCAAUGAUCCAGGUUAUUGGCAUAAAGAUCAAGCUAAAGCAUUGAUAACAUCAGUGCCCAAGGGCAAACUUCUAAUACUGGAUCUGAUGUCGGAAUUGGAGCCCCGUUUCAAUCAAUUGGACGGCUAUUAUGGACAGCCGUUUAUCUGGUGUAUGUUACAUAACUUUGGCGGUACUAUUGGCAUGUAUGGAGCAUUCAAUCACAUUAAUUCCGAUGUUUUCAGAGAUCGYCAAAAAUAUGAUAAUAUGUUAGGUAUAGGACUGACACCSGAAGGYAUUGAACAGAAUCCUAUUGUCUACGAGUUUAUGACCGAAACUGUUUGGUUCAAUGAAUCAAUGGAUUUGGAUAAAUGGGUUACAGAUUAUGCCCGCAGAAGGUAUGGCUAUUUGGAUGAUAAUCUACGUAAAGGAUGGCAUUUAUUACAGAAUAGUGUCUAUACUGAUACAGUAAAAGUUCAUAACCAUGGACGGUAUGUUAUAAAUUUGAGGCCAACUAUGCGAUCGGUAUCGGAUUUAUGGUACAAACCGAUCGAUGUCUACAAAAGUUAUAAACUGUUUCUAAACGCUACGACCAGACCAUCAAAAUUGCAAAAUAGUCACACAUUUCAAUACGAUUUGGUUGAUAUUACCAGACAGUCAUUGCAAUUAAUAUUUGAUACCUGUUAUCAUAAACUGGUUCAAGCUUAUGUAGAUAAAAAUCAUACCGAUUUUGUGGUCAAAGCCAAUCAAUUGUUGGGUAUAUUGGAUGAUAUGGACGAUAUACUGGCAACUAAUGAAAACUUUUUGCUGGGAAAAUGGCUAAACAAUGCCAAACAACAGGCAGUUGGCGAUCAGGAAAGACAUAUCAAUGCAUAUCAAGCAAGAAAUCAGAUAACAAUUUGGGGACCAAAUGCUAAUAUAUUAGACUACGCGUGCAAACAUUGGUCGGGACUGUUUGCCGACUACUAUAAGCCCCGGUGGCAGCUAUUUAUUGAUACACUUAAUAAUCAUUGAUUGAUAAAAUACCGUACAAUCAAAACAAUUAUAAUAAGGAUGUGUUUGAAAAUGUUGARCUAAARUUUGUUAACAAUAACAAUGAYUAUCCCAUUGAAACUAAAGGCAAUACCAUUGAGUUGGCAAAGAAAAUAUAUGAUAAAUAUAAAGAUUUAUUUGAAAKCAAAUAUCACAACAACAACAACAACAACAACGACAACGAUAUUGUUGUCUAUACUUAUGGUUCACAGAGAUUGGCAAACGAUUUGAAAAAAUAUUUAAUACAAUUUUAA